GGAGUUCCAGUACUGUGACACCAGAAAAGAACGUUAGACGUGUCGUGCGGAGCUCUUCAACAGAAAGUGAAAUAAAAAGUCUAGCUAAAUGGACAGCUAUUUGAAGAUCAUCCGUCGAGUGCUAUCAAAACAAAGACCAACUCUGGCAUAAACAUAAACUGUCAACAAGCUAAAGAAUUCAAAGUAUUCAAGUGAACUGUGUGCAAUAAGAAGAGAGAAAGAGAAAUAAUAUAAACAAAUAAAAUUACAACAAGCAAUAACAGCUAAAGAAACUUAAGCAAUCAAGAUUGAAGAAACAUUAAUCAACAUGAAACUGAGACUUUUGCGCUGUUUGCGCAACCCAAAGCAAUCAACGCGGCAGAAGGAGGAAGUGCAUCAUCAUAUGAUCACUGACAUGUCCUCCAACUUCAAGGAUACGACGGUUAAGAUCCUGCUGCUGGGCACCGCCGAGUCCGGCAAGACAACGAUCAUUAAGCAGAUGCGCAUACUGCAUAUCAACGGAUUCACAGAUGAUGAACGUCGCGAAAAGAUACCUGAGAUCUAUCAGAACAUCCAUGACUCAAUAAAGCAGUUGGUGCUGCAGAUGGAGCCGCUGGGCUUGCGUUUUGGCAGUGUCACUAGCGAACGUAGUGCUCACUAUAUCCUGGCCCUGCCAGUUGAGGCGCCGGAGUACUUUACAGAGGAGUACUGCGACCAUGUUGUGACACUCUGGAAUGAUGUGGGCAUACGCGCCUGCUAUGAUCGCUCGAAUGAAUUCCCACUGCUUGAUAGUGCCAAAUAUUUCCUUGAUAACUUUGCGAGAAUAUCUGAGGAGGAGUAUAUUCCCAGCACUGAGGACAUUUUGCACAGCAGAAAGGUAACCACUGGCAUCUCGAAAAUCACCUUCCGUGUGCCCAUACCCAAGAGUCUGGGCGGCGGAGAGCAGGAGUUUCGCAUGUAUGAUGUGGGCGGACAGCGCGAUGAGCGAAACAAGUGGAUACAAGUAUUUGAAGGCAUUCAGGCGGUGCUGUUUCUCAUUUCCUGUAGUGAAUUCGAUCAGAAUCUACGGGAGGAUCCCAAACAGAAUCGCCUGCAGGAGGCGCUCAAUUUGUUCCGUGCCGUUUGGCAGAAUCGCUUCCUCGCCUCCGCCGGCCUCAUCGUCUUCCUCAACAAGUAUGAUAUUAUGGAGCGGAAAAUACGCGCUGGCAAGCAUAUAGUGGAUUAUUUUCCGGAAUUCGAGGAGUUCAGUAAACGGCCGCAACAGCAACAAAGCUGCUUUGAUGAGUGCGACUGGACGAAAAUGUUCAUCAAGCAGAAGAUGAUUGACAUCACUCACGAGCAGUUCAAGCGCAACUCUCGCAACCAAUGCGACGUCAGUUACUCAGAGAGAGAGUGCUAUUACCAUUUCACUGUUGCCACCGAUACGCGUUGCAUUCGUGACGUGUUCAGCGAUGUGCAGCAAAUGAUUUUAUCUGAAAACAUAAAUAUGGCCGGCUCUUCACUCUUCUAAUGAGCAAAUAAUUCUCAGUAAAGAGCAUUCUUUACCAACUGUGAUUUUCUAUGCUAUAAUUUAUAUUGUAAGCACCAUAUUCAUAUAUAAAUCUAAAAUUACAGAUUACACAAUUAGCAGCUUUAAUCUAC